AUCCAUGAGUUAAUAGAAUGAACUCAUUAUACCAACCCUAACCUUCACUUCUCUCUUCUUGGGUAGACCUCAUAUUACCAAAAAAAAACUCUUCUCAAUUCUCAUCUAAAAUCUUUGCUAACUUUAAUCUUUCUUUUUCCAUUCCUAUUUUUUCUCAUUUUUUCUCAAUUUUCUAUGUUUCUUCUUAGCUUUGUAUUAGGGUUUCAACCUUUUUCUUACUACUAGUUUUCAUUUUAUCACAAAUUUGGAGUGUUUGUCUAAGAAAAAAGGGAAAGAUUUAGCAUAAGUAUUAUAGACAAGAAAUAAGUUAUAUAUUUAAGUAAAAAAAAAAAAAAAAACCCAACUAAAAAAAUAGUCUUUUUUUAAUUAUAUAACAAAAAGAGUAAAAAAAUAUUUGAUUUUUAAUUAUGGGUAGAGGAAGGGUUGAGCUAAAAAGGAUAGAAAAUAAAAUAAAUAGGCAAGUUACCUUUGCAAAGAGAAGAAAUGGGUUGUUGAAGAAAGCUUAUGAACUUUCAGUUCUUUGUGAUGCUGAAGUUGCUCUAAUUAUUUUCUCAAAUAGGGGAAAACUCUAUGAAUUCUGUAGUGGAGCAAGCAUGCUCAAAACACUUGAGCGAUACCAAAAGUGUAACUAUGGAGCAGUGGAAAUCAACAAGCCAUCCAAAGAGCUUGAGAGCAGCUAUAGGGAAUACUUGAAGUUGAAGACAAAAUAUGAAUCACUCCAACGAAGUCAAAGGAAUUUGCUUGGAGAGGAUUUAGGGCCUUUAAAUGUAAAGGAGCUUGAUCAACUUGAAAGGCAAUUGGAAGCUUCAUUGAAGCAAAUUAGGUCUACUAAGACUCAAUCAAUGCUUGAUCAACUUACUGACCUCCAAAACAAGGAACAUGCACUAAUGGAAGCUAAUAAAGCUUUAAAGACUGAGCUUGAUCGUAUUCUUGUUAAGGAUACUCAAUUCAGACAAUGGGAUGGUUCUGACCAAAAUGUUCACUUUGGACAGCCCCAACAUACUCAAUCUCCUGGCCUUUUUCAACCUCUGGCUUGCAAUCCUACUUUGCAAAUAGGGUAUAAUCAAGAAACUUCUGAGCAGAUGAAUGUUGCAACAACACAUGCUCAAGUAUCUGGUUUCUUACCAGGAUGGAUGCAAGGUGGAUGCUUUAGUUAAUGCAUUGAAGAAGGGCAAGCUAACUAAUUUGCCCUAUGUAAAACUUAAUUAAGGUUUGUAUAAGUUAAUUAUUCCAUCAACUAGUGUGUGCAAGUGUAACUUAUUAUAAUAAUUCUCAUUAGUAUGAGACACUUUUUAUGGAUCAUUCUAAUUUAACUUUUCUUGUUAUUUUGAUUUAUUUUGUUAUGGAAUUUUUAUGGAUCCUCU